GUUUUGAGUCAUACUUGCCAUUGCCGGGGAGGAGACACACAGGCAUGCAAGCUUGCAGGACCCUCCCCGUGUCUCCUGGGCUUGAAGUCUCACCAGGAUUCUCUCCUGCUGGGCUGUUUCUGUGGCCGUCUUCCCGAGGAGGGCCUGAGCACAGGCACCUACUUGCCAGACCAAAAUCAUGAAGAGCAAAGGUUUGGAACCAUUUGGACAACCGGCCAUUCUCUCUCUGGAGAGAACCAUAUCCUGACCCAGCCAUCCAGGCUGCAUAGUACUGCUUUGGCUAGCCACUUGCUUCAGCCCCUCCAGCCAUCCCACCUGACUGAGGCUUCCUUGAAGGGCAUGGAUACCAGAAACCACCUCUUCUCAGAGCCUGCAGCCUGGAAGGCCCAGGACUUCACUCGGGACCACUUCACCCAAUGGCCUAAGAGGACUCUGGAAGUAACUACAUCUCUGGAAUCUACUUGCCAAUCCCAAGCCAUGAAGAGGCAAGGUUUGGAACUAUUUGGACAGUCAACUGUUCUCUCUCUGGAGAACCGCAUCUUGGCCCAGCCACCCAGCCACCUGCUUCAGCACCUCCAACCAUCCCACUUGACCAAGGCUUCCCUGAAGUGCAUGGACACCACUAACCACCUCCUCUCAGAGCCUGCAGCUUGUAGGAACCAACACUUCCUUGGAGGGACCCUGGAUUACUGUGCCACACACCCCAAGAGGACUCUGGAAGCAACUAAAUCUCUGGAUACCUGGUUUCUCUCCAGAGAAGAAGAGCAACAGCAGCAGGAAGAAGAGGAAGAGGAGGAAGGAAAGCAAGUGGAAGAAGCAAUUCCUCUUUAUAGCCUAAACUUGGGGGAAGGAUGGGAGUCAGAAGAGAUGACUCUGGAGCUUGCUCCCAGGGAUGCUGAUGCCCAACAUGAGAACACGGACCAGGCUUUGCAGAACAAGAAGAUGCUGCUAAUCACCAGGCUAUGCUGUGCCCUGUCCUCCAAGGCAAACCUACUGGAUACUGAAGACCCCACCCGGAACUUCCUGCUUCAGCUGUGCACAGACCUUGCCCUUUUAGAACCUGAGUUCAUUCUAAAGGCAUCCCUGUAUGCACGACAGCAGCUCAAUAUUCGAGAUAUAGCCAUCAUGGUCCUAGCCAUAGCUGCCUACCUACCUGCUUGUCGUCCCUAUGUGCGGAGAUAUUUUUGUGCCAUCGUCCAGCUCCCCUCUGACUGGAUGCAGGUGGCCCGGUAUUUCCAGAACCUGGCUGGGGAGCCCAAUAAGAAGCUGGUGCCUAUGCCUGCCUGUCUCCGUGCUGCCAUGACUGACAAAUUUGCCCAGUUUGAUGAAUACCAGUUGGCUAAGUACAACCUUCGGGAACACCGGGCUAAGAAAAGACGCCGUGGUCCCCGACGUCCAAAGUCAGAAAAAGUGUGCCGAAGGAAGUGGUACAACUCGACUAUAAUAUAUGACACCUUUUAUCAUCGUCAAAAAGCUUUUAUGAGGGCCUAUUAUACAGAACCAGUGAAAAAGAAACCAUCGGAUUUUACGCUGAAGAAGUUAAUACAGCGAUUACAUAUCCGGGACCCUGUAGAGAAUGUCAAGGCCCUGCUGGGCUGCAGGUACCCUUCAGACCUUCAAUCCUUCUCCCGGAGCCGUCUACCUGGUCCCUGGGAUUCCAGUAGAGCUGGGACCCGGAUGAAGCUCCCACAGCCAGAGACCUGGGAUCGAGAGCUGAGCCAGAAGGGGAACAAAGCGUCUGUCUGGGAGGGUCUCAUUGACAAUGGGAAGUUGCCCUACAUGGCCAUGCUGAGGAACCUAUGCAGCCUUCUUCGAGUGGGAAUCAGCUCCCGGCACCAUGAACACAUUCUGCAGCUGCUGGAGCGCAAGGAAUCAGUGAUCCGCAGCCGGCAACUUCCAUUCCGAUUUCUUUCUGCCCAUACAUCCAUCGGUGAUCUGGAGAGGCAACUCCGAAACUCUGGACCAAUUCCCUGUAAUGUGGAUAUAAUGCGGCAGUUAUUAGAAAGACUGGGGAAGAAAGGCCAGAUACCAAAGCCGGAGAAGGAAUUGACUAAUCAAGAGAUUCGGUUUGCCAUGUUGGUGCCUGUGCUGUAUCAACAUUUCAAAAGGGAAAAGCUUCGGCUGACCAGGAUUAACCAGUGGAAGCGAGACUGGGAGAUGAUGAAGCGCUACCAACAGGCCCUGGAAACAGCUAUGAACAUAUCUGUGCAACACAAUUUACCACCAUUGCCUGGACGCACCCUGAUUGUCUACAAUCCUACUGGACCCCAAGAUAAAAAAAGGAAUCCCCCGAAUCAUGUGCUGCUUUUGGUAGCAAUGAUUAUGGCCCGUGCUGAGCAAGCUGAGCUAUUAUUUUAUAAAAGGCAUGCUUUGAAGAAAGCUGUGAUUAAUCCAGAAGAGGGCAUCCUGAAGACUGCAACUGAGCUCAAGACACAGAUAGAGGACAUGGAUGUAAAGAAAUCAAAACCAAAUGAUCAUCCAUUUGCUACAUACAUGCUGGACAUGGUCACUGAGCAGGUGCUGGUAGACACAGUUAUCUUUGUUGGUGACAACAUGAUUGGCCCUGCGUUAAUGUCUGCCAAGCAGUUCUUCUGGCGGCGUGUGAAUCCCAAAUGCCUUUUUGUUGAAGUUGAUUUAACUGGGAUGCGUUCUGGUUCACCCAGUAUGAACCCUAAUGAUGUCAUCCUCACAGGCUGCACCGAUGGAAUACUGAAGUUUAUUUCAGAACGUGGGAUGUCUCGUCUGCUGGAACAUGUGGGCCAAAUGGAUAAGAUAUUCAAGAUCCCACCCCAGAGAGGGGAGGCACAGACUCCACUUGAUAGGCCCUUAGAGGACAGGGUACCAGGCCCCCUGGCCCCUGCUCCCCAGCAUAGCUGGCGCAGUGUCCGUAUUUUCAUCUCCUCUACUUUUCGGGAUAUGCAUGGCGAACGGGACCUAUUGCUGCGCUCAGUGCUACCAGCCUUGCAGGCCCGUGCAGCCCCCUACCAAAUCAAUGUACGUGGCAUUGACCUGCGCUGGGGAGUUACUGAGGAGGAGACCCGAAAAGACAGACAAUUGGAAUUAUGCUUAGGGGAGGUGGAAAACUCACAGCUCUUUGUGGGGAUCCUGGGCUCCCGCUAUGGCUAUGUUCCUCCCAACUACAGCCUCCCUGACCAUCCACACUUCCAUUGGGCAAAGGAUUAUCCAUCUGGCCGUUCUGUGACUGAGAUGGAGGUGAUGCAAUUUUUAAAUAGAGGUUCCCGCCACCAGUGUUUCUCCCCAGCUCUCAUCUACCUAAGAGACUCCAGCUUCCUCAGCUCUGUGCCAGAUGCCUGGAAAACUGACUUUGCAUCUGAGUCAGAAGAGGCUGCAGAGCGAAUCUCAGAACUGAAGAGCUACCUGGACAAACAGGAGGGUGUCACCUGCCACAGGUACUCUUGUGUGUGGGGUGGAGUGGCUGCAGGCCGGCCGUAUGUGAAGGGACUGGAAGAGUUUGGACAGGUGGUGUUACAACAUGUGUGGGAGCUGCUUCAGAGACUCUAUCUACAGCUGGAGUCAGGAAUGGAAGAGACUGAGUCCACUCAGAAUGAUAACACUGUACAGUCAGCCUUUCAGCAGCUACAGUGUCCACCUAGUCCAGCUCGGCCCCGCCUACUGAAGGAUACUGUCCGGCACCUACAGCAACGCAGUGGUAGUCUGUGCCUAGUGACCGGGGAACCUGGACAGGGCAAGACAGCCUUCCUGUCAUCCCUAGUAUCAGCCUUACAGGCUCCUUGUGGGGUCACCAUGGGCUCCCACGUAUUCUUCCACUUCAUCGGAGCCCGUCCUGAUCAAAGCCAUGUCCUCACCUUGCUCAGACGCCUCUGUACUUACCUGCGUCAGCUUCAGAGCUCCGGGCCUUUCCCAUCUACCUACCGGGGACUGGUGUGGGAGCUGCAAACCCUGCUUCCCAAAUCUGCUCAGUCCCUACGCUCUGGCCAGACUCUAGUGCUGGUCAUUGAUGGAGCUGACCAACUAGGGGACCAAAGUGGUCAACUGAUCUCAGAUUGGAUUCCAAAGAUCCUGCCUCGGAAAGUGCACCUAGUCAUGAGUAUGUCAGCAAACACAGGGUUGGUGGAUAUCCUUCAAUGUCGUCGAGAUGCUCACGUGGUGGCCCUAAGACCCCUGGAACCAACAGCACGAGCCCAGUUGGUGAGGCAGGAACUGGCCCUGUAUGGAAAGCGGCUGGAGGAGACAUCCUUCAACAAUCAGAUGCGGCUGUUGCUGGCAAAGCGAGGUGCGGCUCUGCCUCUUUACUUGCGCCUGGCCACAGAUCAUCUUCGCCUCUUCAUACUGUAUGAGCAGAUGUCUGAGCAACUUCGGACACUACCAGCCACUGUGCCUCUGCUGCUCCAGCACGUGCUAGCCAUCCUGGAGCAGGAGCAUGGCUCUGACAUUCUGCCUCUUGCCUUGGCUGCCCUCCAUGUCACACGCAGUGGUCUAACAAUGGACCAGCUUCAUGGGGUGAUAAGUACAUGGCGGGCACUACCCUUGGAGACUGUUGGUUGGGCAGAAGCUAUGGCGGCUAGAAAUAAAGGAGACCCCUAUCCUAUGGGUCCCUUUACUUACCUCGUCCACAGUCUGCGCAGCUUGCUGGGAGUAGGGUCCCUGGAACUUCCUGGAGCCCAGCUACGCCUCCCUCCUGGGCCCCUAAGUUCAGCAGUUGAACUGCGCUAUAGGAAGAGACCUGGCCUGAAGACCACAGCACAUGUCCUCAUUGCAGUUCAGCUCUGGAGGAUGUGUGACCCUGAUGACUUGAGUACCUUCCAUAACUGCAACCCUGAGGCCCUGAAUGAUCUGCCCUACCACCUGGUACAGAGUGGGAACCAUUCUCUGCUUGCUUCCCUGCUUACCAACCUCAAUGUUAUGGCUACCUACCUAGAAUUGGGCCUACUCUCCCAGCUAGGGGAGGCCCAUGCCCUUUAUGCAUCUUCAGUCCCUUCAGCAGCAUCACCCUGUGACCCAGAUGUUGCCACAUUUCACACAUUCCUGAAGCAGCAAUCCAAGCUCCUCACCCAGUACCCAGCACUCCUGGCCCAGCAGGCAACCAACCAACCCUCAGACUCACCUAUCUGCCACCAGGUUCCAAAACUUGCCCAGCCGUGGUCCUCCCAGCCCAUCUUGCACUGGCUUAACAAGCCACAGACCAUGGGAGCUCAGCAAAGUUCCAGCCUGUCUUUGGUACCUCCCUCGACUCCUACAGCUGUGGGUCUUUCCCCCAAUGGACAACGGGCAAUUGUGGCUACUGCCAGUGGGAUUGUUCACCUGCUGGAUACAUGCACCUGGCAGGAGGAGAAGUCCAUAGUGAGUGGCUGUGGUGGAAUUGCUUCUUGUCUGUGCCCCUCGAAUACCACUCUCUUCCUCGCAGCCUUGGAUGGUCUCCUGGAGCUCUGGGACCUCCAGGGUGGUUGGAGGGUGUUCCAGAGCAAAGCCCACCAGCUUCAGAUCACUGACUGCUGCCUGAACCCUGAUCGCAGGCUACUGGCUACUGUGUCCCUGGAUAGACAUCUGAAGCUGUGGGACACAGUUCAUGGAAAGCUAGCUGCCCAGCACGUGUCCCAGAAGCCCCUGAACUGUGUUGCCUUUCACCCUGAGGGGCACGUGAUCAUCACAGGAAACUGGGCUGGGCGCCUAAGUGUUCUGCGACUGGACAGCGUCACAGUAACUAUGGAGCUGGGGGGCCCAGGGUCCUCAGUCCGUGCUGUGACAUUUGCCCCUUCUGGGUCAGUCUUAGCUGCCAGCCAUCUGGAUGGGUCUGUUGAACUGUGGGCUUGGCAGAAGGGUGCACGACUGGCUGCCUUCCCCGCCCACGAGGGAUAUGCUGCUUCUGCUCUCUUUCUUCAAUCUGGACACCAGCUGAUAACUGCUGGGGAGGACGGCAAGAUACAGGUGUGGUCAGGAUUCCUGGGCCGACCCAAGGGGGCUUUGGGCUCCUUGCCCCUCUCGCCUGCCCUCUCUGUGGCAAUCAGUCCAGAUAGGGCUCAUGUGGCUGUUGGUCACCAUACAGAUGGCAUCAUAAUCUACAGUACCUGUUCAGGUACUGAGGAAGGUCGAUGCCCAGUGUCAGAUGUGGCAGUGUCUGCGCUGGCCUGGUUGAACCACAAGGUCCUGGUGAGUGGUGGAGAAGAUGGGAAUCUUCAAUGCUGGACGCUUGGAGAUGUAACUCCCCAUUGUCUCUGGCUUCUACCCGCACACCAGAAGGCUGUGUUGGGUUUAGCUACCUCCCAGGAACUCUUUGCCUCUGCUUCAGAGGACUUCACUGUACGGUUGUGGUCACUACCAUUCCUGACCCAGCCAGAGAUGGCAGAAGAGCUCCAUCCUGGUACAGAGCUCCGUGGACACACAGGCCCCGUCUCCUGCUGCAGCUUCAGCCCUGAUGGCAGCAUGCUAGCCUCUGGCAGCAGAGAUCAGAGUCUUCUGUGUUGGGAUGUGAGGACACCUGAGGCUCCUGUUUUGAUGUAUUCUCUUCCUGCUUGUCACCGUGACUGGGUCGCUGGCUGUUCCUGGACCAAGGAUGCCAUGCUGCUCUCCUGCUCCAAUGACGGCUCUGUGCGGCUAUGGGACCCAGUGUCUGGCCAGCAGCUUGGCCAGUUUCUAGGUCAUCAGAGUGCAGUGAGCGCCGUGGUCGCUGUGGAGGAGCACGUGGUAUCUGUGAGCCGGGACGGAACGCUAAAAGUGUGGGACCUUCGAGGAGUGGAGCUGACAAGCAUUCCUGCCCACUCUGGACCCAUCAGCCACUGUGUGGCUAUCCAGGAGCCUCGUACAGCUGGACAGCCUGGGUCAGAGCUCUUGGUAGUAACUGCUGGACUAGAUGGAGCCACACGGCUGUGGCAUCCAUUGCUGGUGUUUCAGACCCAUACCCUACUAGGACAUAGUGGCGCAAUCAUUUCAGCUGCAGCCUCAGAGACCUUGGGUCUUCUCCUGACUGCCUCAAAAGAUGGCUCAGUGAGGCUCUGGCACGUGCCAGAGAAAGUGGAUGAUGUAGGUGCUCGUGAGAGGCGCACAGCCAUUACUGCUGUGGCCUGGGCUCCAGACGGUUCCCUGGCUGUGUCUGGCAGCCAGGCUGGGGAAUUAAUCCUAUGGCAAGAGGCCAAAGCUGUGGCUAGAGCACAAGCCCCCGGCCGAGUCAGUGCCCUGUGCUGGUCCUCUCCACAAACCUUCUUUGCCUUGAUCAAUGACAAAAACCUCACCAAGUGGCAAGUGGAAAAGGAGGGCCUCAUGCCCAAUAUUUUCAGCCUGGGCUUUAACCUUCAACUGAACCUGGAGGAUAAGAACACUCUGCUAUCCACUAUGGACUUGUCCCCAGAUAGCCGCUCUCUCAUCUUAGCAAAGCCACUUUGGGGGAUGCUGCUAUUGAAUCUAGAUUCUCCUGUCUCUGAGUCCUGGGAAAAACACCAUCUCAACAUGUAUGGUACAUUUUCUACCCACAAGGAAUAUGGUGUAUUUGUCCUGAACACUCAAAGCGACAUUUCACUUGAUGUCUAUCAGCAGAAAGAGUCAAAUACACUGUUGUUUAUAGAAGAUUUUAAUCUAGCGCUGGAAAAUCCCAGAGGAACCCCACUGUGGAUAACCCAAGCCAAGCCUGAGUCUGACUCUGCUUUCCUGUGUACCAGCUCAGAAGGGGUCCUUUGGAACAUGGCAGAACGUACCCCUGCGGGAGACUGGAACACCAACAACAUAUGGCAGAGAAGCAUACAGCAGGACACAGAUGACGAACUCGUGUUCCGGAAGUUGGAGACACGGUACUCCAAGAAGGUGAGAUUAGACAGAAAGCAAGAGGAUUUCAUAGGAGGUAGGGCUCUGGGGAAGCUUAGCAUGCCUGCCUCUCCCUGCUUUGUCUCUCUUUAGAUCCAUUCUGGUUCAGUCACAGCCCUCCAUGUGCUCCCUGAUCUGCUGCUGACAGCCUCUGAGGACCGAGAUGUGAAGCUGUGGGAAAGACCCAACCUACAGCUGCGGGGCCUCUUCCAUUGUGAGGCAGCAGUAAGCUGUGUGGAGCCAAGACCUGGGCCUAUGUCCACCCUGCAGCUGGCUGUGGGAGAUGCCCAGGGCCAUGUGUACUUUCUGUCGUGGGAGUAAGAUGGUUGGACAGAGACAAUCAUCUGCUGGAGACGAAGUUUGAAGAUGCCAUAAUGCCAGCUUUUCAAUAUAUUUAUUAUACAAAAAUAUCAGAAAAAUCA